UUUUUUGUUUUUGUUUUUGUUGUUGUUGUAUUUGAUUAAUAAGUAGAGAUUUUUCAAUUUUAAAAUUUUAAAUUUUUUUUAUAAUUUGUUAUUGUUAAUGUGAUUCAGUGAACGAGAGGCGAGCAGUCCGCCGGUUUUAUUAAUGGGACUUGCCGGAUAUCUGGAUUAAACUACGAACUCAGCGUACGCUUCAAUUUUCUCCGCCGAGAAAAUAUGGAAAACGAGAAGGAAAGUACUGGAGAAAUCGAGGAAACAAGCGAGACAAUCGGAGCCCAAGAGACUCCUUCGCCGAGCCCAAAACCUAGAAGCGUGAAGACAAAGGUUCCGGAGGUCGAGGUCCGCCUCUUUAGACGGGGCAAAGGUCCAAUCGAUGUAUUCAAAUCGACAUUGGGAGGAUGGGACCAAGACCAGCUGGAGGUCCGAGACAUCCUCGACAAGUAUGGCUUCAAGUCGCUAUAUGCGAUGACGCUGGAUUCUGGACGAGCCGCUCCGAUCCGGUUCAACCAGAAAAAUGGAAGGUCUUUGCUUUCUUACAGGGAUGGAUCUGUGAUUUCCGUCGACGGGGAGCCUAAGGACUCCCGAAUGAAGCCAGUUACCAAAAUCUUGGUUGGUGUAGCAGUUACAAGCCUUUUGAUAACAUUGGUUUUGAAAGAAAGGCCACAGUGGAUCACCAAAUCAAACUUUCAAGGUGUGAGCUUCCCUCCAUGGGUCCUCGCUUGCAUGGUAAUUGUUUUCACUCGAAUGAGAAAGAGAACUGGUUACUUGUUGAAAAAAUUUGGUUGGUGAUUGGUUGCCAUUCAUGCUUCUUCCAGGCUAAUACAUUCUCAAACAGCUUUCUGUUUUUGACCACAGACAUUACUUAAAUAUCGUAAAUUAUCAUGCACCUGUUUGCAUUCUCGUUUGAUAAAAGGGAAAUAUAUAUAUGUAACUAUGUUUUGGAGAUUGGGCCAAAUAGGCAACUUUCUUAUGCAUUAAUGAAUUGGAAGAGUAUCAUUCAGGCUUUCA